CAGAAACCGCGGCAGGUGUUUCUAUCUGGCUCCUGGUUUUCAAGACAUCCAGUGGGGUAGUAAAGGCGGCGGCAAUGACUCCCGAAACAGACCCAUUGAUCAGCGCCUCGAUGGUUUGUUCCGUGGUGGACACAGCAGAUGUUGAGAGAUCGCGGUGUCGCGUCCUCCAAAAGUUCCUCAUGUUCUCGACGCACACCCAAUAAAUAGCCGAGAAGGGCACGUCACGCAUCAGCGUCGGUCGCACCCCGCGAAACAACGACAGCACACCAUCUUGUUGUAUCAUGGUGCGGAAUUCCGAUAUCAUUCCCCUCCCUUCUCUACCGCUAACGGUGCCGGACACAUCGAGGCCCGCACGGGCGGCUUGCCUCGUUCUCAGCAGUUCCAGGGGCGCCGUGGAGAGAGAGGCCACGAAACGAGCCGAAGCCCCGGAUAUUGCUGGUACCGCCCCGCUCACCGGAGAGUUGGUAGGAAAGCGCUCCUUGAAUCUCAGAGCCAAUUCUUCGUAGGUGUAAAAGUAUAGAACAGUGUUGGGGAUCCCCAUGACCAGUGUCGGAGCCAAGCCCGCGUAUAUUCCUGCCAGUCCUUCGUGGGCAAAGAUGCUCCGAAUGAUCCGAAACGGGCCCCCCGUUUUCAAGACUUCUGCGACGGAUUUUUCUUGCUUUAGCGCUCCCGUCUUUGGAUCAAAGUAUCCGGCUCUGUUUCGCGACGUCAGGUACUCUCCCAGCCCCGUGUUUAGAACAAAGGUGCCGCAUCCGCGGGCACAAGAAGCACCGGAACGGCUCGGGGAACGACUCGUGGUUCCAGCGGGCGUUUUGGGAGCGGGCGCAGCGGAAACCGGGGCGGCGGCGUUGCCCGGACUCAGUCCCGCGGCUUGCUGCCGAACCUUGACGACAUCGAGAGGCGUCACCGCCAACGCCGUUAUCGCGGAACCAACCGAGGCGGACACGAUUUUAACCCAUGCCUCGCCUUCGUAUUUGCUGCUCUGGCCGUCUUCUCGUGGUUGUCCUUUCUGUUCCGCGGUCAUUAGAUCUGAAAAAGUCCCAGCAGGGUGGGUUUGUGGAUGAACCCUCUUAACUCAAUGGAAGGCUAUAUUUUGUUUCAGGAACGCAUGUGUUGUCAACGCUGUCAGGAAGUGGCGAGCGGUCUUGUUCCUCUGUAUUUCGGAAACGAGUUCGGGACGGUACGUACGGCCAGUAGGUUUGCUCUCUACGGUGCGGUACAAUGAAGGAUGUGAUCGUGUUUUCUGAUGAUUAGUUUUUGGUGAUGAUUCAGUGCUUUAGCACGGAUUAGUUUUUGGUGAUGAUUCAGUGCUUUAGCACGAAUUGGUCCUUGCGCAAGUUUUUCCCUCGCUUUCAGGUUUACAAUACAAGGCGCGUGUCGAUUGUGUGCAAUAGAGUACGAGUACGUGCCGUACGAUACCGGUCGUCAGGGUUCUUCCCUCGGAUUUCGGAUACGAAUUCAUACUUUCGGUACGAUAACAACAUACGGUACAGAAGCACUGUUCACUGGUUCUGCUCAAGAGUCGAAGAUGGUAUUGACCGUAUGCUGGUACCAGAUACAGUACCGUACGUCGGACAGAUCCCAUUAGAAUAGGAUUUGCGAAGACCAAUCAUCACCAAAAUUUGUCUCAUGAUGAGAAACUGAGAAAACAUCACUUUGAUGCCACACUGGGUCCCACAAAAAAAACUACUCGUACUCGUACUACGACAGUACUACGGUACGUACAUCUCGAUUCGAUGAACCCCUUGAGUCGAAAGGUUUCAAAAAACUAGCUGGUGCCUACCCCGACAAAGACUUCGAUACCUCACGCAUCGACUACGCUACCUCAAUUUUGAACGGAGAUUUCAUUUUACUAUGGCUCGAAACGAAGAUUCAAGCAGUGACGAUUCGUCGUCGUCCGACAGCGAAAACGAGAUCGCUGCUCCUCCGGCAAAGAAGACGAAGACAACAGCCCAGGCAGGAAGCCACCUAUCCAGCGCUCCCUUGGAGCUUGCCGCGAUGACCGGCACGGAAAAAGGCAAGAAGCAACAACCCGUAAUCGUCUUGUUGGACCAGGCUACCUUGGAAACAGUGAAGAAUCGGCGUGGACUCUUCGAAUUGCUCAAUUGUGACGACCACCGCGACUUGUGCAAAAAGAAGCUUCGAAAAGAUCCAAAUUCGUUUCGACCCGAUAUUUUACACCAGGAAAUCCUGGCGCUUCUCGACAGUCCCUUGAACAAGGCAGGAUUGUUGAAAAUUUAUAUCUCGACCACCAAAAAAGUUUUGAUAGAAGUCAACCCGCAAAUCCGAGCUCCGAGGACCUACAAGCGGUUCGCCGGAUUGAUGGUCCAGCUGUUGCACAAGAUGAAAAUCAAGGCGGGUAACGAUUCGACUACCCUUUUGAAGGUCAUCAAGAAUCCGUUUUCCUCGCACUUGCCACCGGGCACGCGGUGCUUCGGGUUCUCCUGCGAGGGGACCCUUUAUUCUCCCAUAGCGCUCGCAAAGACGGUGGUUCCCGAGGAGCCCGACACGAGCGGAGUCACCCCACCGACCUGUUUCGUGCUGGGGGCAAUGAGCACCGGACACAUCACCAUUGAUGAUCACCCGUACAUCGAAAAGAUGCUUAGCAUUAGCUCGUAUCCGCUGAGUGGUGCGGCAGCCAUAUCAAGACUCUUGGGAGGAAUAGAGCAUCAUUGGGGAGUUGUUUAAAACAUAAAAGGAUUUACUUCAA